GCAUUUCUAUACUGAUUCCCUCAUUUGUGAUUGUAAUCUCAAAUGGAUCUUAUCCUGGGCUACAAAUUCCUCAGUGCGGAUAUCAGAGGAAACCGUUUGUGCUUUUCCAAGGAGUUUACAAGGAACAUCAUUUCGCAAUCUGAAAGAAAAUCAGUUGAUAUGUGCUGGUCCAUUGGAGUUGCCUCUUUUUGAAUUGAUACCGUCACAGAAACAGGUGGUUUUUCAUGGUGAUCGCUUGCCAUUUCAGUGUACAGCAACCUACCUCGACAUCACGACACAGGUGCAUUGGUAUCAUGACGGCCGCUUGGUUGAAACUGAUGAGGAAAGAGGCAUGUUUGUGGAGGAGGCCAUCAUACAUGACUGCUGUUUAGUUACGCG